AAUACAAAUCGAAAUUUAAAGUUAUGCUCGUUGCUUAACAAUUUGUACAAUUUUAAAAGGAACCAAUUUAAAUUGUAACGCUUUUCGUCUUGUAAUCGAUAAUUUACGAUAUAUAUAUAUACUUUUCUACAACGUGUUGGUAUUUGUCAACACUGUUCAGACAAACAACAACAAUAACCGCGACAGCAACAAAUAAUUUUAAGCGGCAAUUGUAAAGUUUUCUAAUAUCAUAUCAUGUUUGGAGCCACACAAUCCACAAAUCGGAUGAAUGACUUCGAGGUGGCCUCGCCGCCGGACGAUUCGGUGUCCGCCUUGGAGUUCAGUCCGAGCACAAUGCAAAUGCAGAAGAAUUUUCUCAUUGCCGGCAGCUGGGAUAACAGCGUGCGCUGCUGGGAGGUAGAGCAAAAUGGAGUUACGGUGCCAAAGUCUAUGAAAACAAUGGGUGGCCCAGUGUUAGAUGUAAGCUGGAGCGAUGAUGGCAGCAAAGUCUUUGUGGCCAGCUGCGACAAACAAGUGAAACUCUGGGAUUUGGCAUCCGACCAGGUGAUGCAAGUAGCGGCUCACGAUGGCCCAGUAAAGACAUGCCAUAUGGUUAAAGGUCCGAAUUAUACAUGCCUGAUGACCGGAUCCUGGGAUAAGACACUAAAGUUUUGGGAUACACGUUCACCCAAUCCCAUGAUGGCUAUCAAUCUGCCCGAACGCUGCUAUUGUGCCGAUGUAGACUAUCCCAUGGCUGUGGUGGGCACGGCGGGUCGUGGCCUAAUAAUUUACUCACUCCAGAACAGUCCCACAGAAUACAAGCGACAGGAGAGCCCGCUGAAAUAUCAACAUCGCACCAUAUCAAUUUUCAAAGACAAGAAAAAAGAGCCCACUGGCUAUGCCCUGGGCAGUAUUGAAGGUCGCGUGGCUAUACAGUAUGUUAGCCCAGUCAAUCCCAAGGAUAAUUUCACUUUCAAGUGCCAUCGAUCAGCUGGAUCAUCGGGCUUUCAGGAUAUUUAUGCUGUCAAUGAUAUAGCCUUCCAUCCCAUCCAUGGAACUCUGGUUACAGUUGGCUCUGAUGGCACAUUUAGUUUCUGGGACAAAGAUGCCCGCACCAAACUAAAGUCCAGCGAGGCUAUGGAUCAAUCAAUUACGAAAUGCGCUUUCAAUGCCAAUGGACAGAUAUUCGCCUAUGCCGUUGGCUAUGACUGGUCCAAGGGACAUGAGUAUUUCAAUCCGGCUAAGAAACCACAGAUCUUCCUUCGUUCCUGCUUUGAGGAACUGAAGGCGCGAAUUAACUGAUUUCCAACCAUUACACCUAUGGAUAGUUCUAAUCUAACCCUUAGUAUGAGCAUGAACUGCGAUUAAAGUUAAUGAAUUACAGAGUUAAA